UUGGCAUAUGUUGGUUCUCAUACCGACAACUAUUUCCGUUUAUCAGCGAUCAAAGAGUUCACACACUCAGGUCGUCAGGACAGCUUAAAUCCAAACAACAGAUUUCUCAAUGUUGCUACCGAUUCUUCUCUCCAGUGUGUCUCUGGCGCUUGGUCAGUUCCUGUUUGCUUCCAAUGCUCAAAUUUCCUAUCGGAGAGGGUUCCAGUUUGAGUACCACCCUAACACGCAUCUCCUGACUGUGAAGAAUACAUAUAGUUGUUAUUUUGUUGGAACGGACGAUAGCCUGAGGACCAGGAUCCAGGAUAAACACAGCAGAGAAACACUACAGGACGAAUUAAUUGGAUUCAUUCACAAUAACAAACACAUAGCAAGGACAAGCCUUGUACAAGCUGACAUCGCCCACAACGACGCAGCAGCGACAUCCGGCUGUGUUGGGAACAGCUUGUAUGAACUGAAAUAUCCGUCAGAGGGCACCACCACCACUCAGGGGCAGACAACUACGAAACGCACUACUCAGGGAAAGACAUCUUUUCCGACAACACAGAGAUCAACGACACAUGCCGUAACCAUGGCACGACGUCAACGGAAAGUUGUUGUAUUAUAAAUAUUUAAGAGAGGAUGUCCACGAUGAAUCGUUGUCGUUGUUUUUGUAGAAAAUAAUGAAUCGAAUAUUAAAUUUCUUUGAACACGU